AUUUUUUUUAAUUGUUUUUCUUUGCUGAAGGCCGAAAACGAGCCAAAUAACUUAUUUAAGGAAACAGGCCUCGAGUUGAGAUUCAGUGAAAUAAUCGGUUCAUGUAUCCUGUGACUCAUACUUUUCUUAUGAUUGCAGCAAACUCUCUGAACAUUCAUGUUGAGACACAGUAGAGUUGCAUUCUGUCAGGUUGUGAAACCAUAGACAAGAUCUCUGUCGAGUUCUGACACAUGCAAACCUCUGCAGCAGCUGUUGCAUAACCUGGCAGCGCCAGGGUCAUGCUUGUGAACUACAGGGAGUGGUCAUUUAGGGUCUUUGAUAGCCCAUUGUCCCAACAAAAGGAAUGUUUCCAGUCUCUCCCCGUUUCGAGUGGGACAAGAUUAUGUUGAAUUUCCACUCUGAGGUUUCCACAGCAAUCCUGGGAAAAGAAUGAACGCCCCUAUCUUGGUUGCAAUCUCUCAGGCCAUUGACACAGACAUUAAAGUAGAGGUUUGUGUUUGUUUGUUGUUCCAGAUUUCUUCCACUUCACAAGCUUGUUUUCUCCUUGACAGGGUGACUGAUGUGUGAUCAGGCAGGGAGGAGGCACCCCUGGUAUUCAGUAAAGCGGCAGAUGGCGUGCCAGUCCAAAAGGAUGGGGAGCAGCAUGGACGUUCAGAAUUUUCAUGGGAAGGAAUCAAUCUGUCUAUGGAAGACACCACAUCAAUUCUGCCUCGGCUCAAGAGGAACUCAAACGCCUAUGGCAUUGGAGCUUUGGCUAAGUCUUCUCUGUCAGGUGUGUCAGGCGUCACUCGCACCAUGAAGGAAAGGGUGACAAAGCCAACAGCCAUGGCCCAGGGACGUGUCGCUCACAUGAUUGAAUGGCAAAAUUGGGGGAUGCAGACGGUGGGCGCAGGAGGCGUACCUCAGUCCCGCACUACCACCCAGGAGCGGGAAAAAGAGCGACGGCUGGAAAACGAUGCCUACAGCGACCUUAGUGAUGGAGAGAAGGAGGCUCGUUUCGCUGCAGGUAUCCUGCAGCAGUUUGCAAUAUCAGAGGCAACACUCCUGGCAUGGUCCUCGAUGGACGGUGAGAGUCCACGAUCAGGAUCAAACCAGGGCAGCGUGGCUCACCUGAGUGAGGUCAACCAGGAGAGCAUUACCAGUCGAGAUCAGAUAUUGCACCACUCUUCAGCAGAGGUGUGGCCUCACACGUACGUCUCCCAGGGCCACUACUGCCUCUCAUCUUCAGAUGCCUGGGAGCCGACCAACAACGAUCCCUCCGGCGUGGCGUCUCCCCCUGCUGGCUCCUACGUUAUGGGGACGGACGGCUACGAUGGGCAGGCAGCAGCUCAUUUCUUGUCUCAGCAACAGCAGCAGCAGUUCAGCCUUCAGCAGCAGAGUCAACUACAGCAGCUGCAGCAGAUCCAACAGAUCCAGCACUACCAGCAGCAGCAGCUCCUGCAGUAUCAGCAACAACAGGUUUUGGAGCACAGAUUGCACAGUGCCAACCACUCUUUGCAAGCAACACCCAACAGCACCAUCCACAGUCUAGUUCAUCCUGUUCACCCUCCAUUAGUUGAUCUGUGGAACACAGGGCAGAUGGAGGCCUAUCAGGCGGAAGCUGGAGGCUACAUGGGUGUGGCGGCGGUGGUGGAGCCGAGCUUGUGUGUUCCCUCUGGAGACGAGAUGGUGGGAAAUGAACACUCCCCGCUACUGGAGCAGCAGGAGGAGGAGGUCAAGGAAGAAGAGGUAACACUGUGCAUGGAACCAGAGUCAGCCACAUUGACUCCACCCACGCAACAAGGGGAUGCCUCUGGUGGCAGUAGUCCAGGGCAACCGCCGACAGAGCCAGUCCCAGAACGGAAGGCCUCCGAUGUCAGCCCUGGCCUCAUUCAGACUCUUGAGGAAAAGGAAGAGAAGGAGGAGGGGCCUCCUGCUUCCAUGGGAACCAAUUGAGUUCCUAACAGUAUCACAAACUUCCUGGUUGCAAGAUGAAUUCCACAAAGUGGUGAGCAACAGAUUUGAGGUGGACUCGAGCUCAUGCAACAAAGGACACCAAUUUCUUUGUAAGCCUUACAUCCCAAAGGUAUGAAAAGAGGAGUGAGAAUAGCAAAGAGGAGGAGGAAGAAGAAAAAAAACACAUUUCCAUGAGGGAAAUGAAACCACACUGACAAGAAGAGGAGGGGAAUGGAAACAUGCAUGCUUUUUUGAAGACAAACAACUCGACCCAGUCAUCGUCUUAUAACGAUAAUUAAAAUCCAACAUAUUUCAAUAUAACAAUAAGAACAAUUUUGUAAUAAAGCAAAAAUAAAAAAAAAAACAACAGGAAUCUAUGUAUAAGUGUGUGAUAAGAUACCAGCUUUCCUAUGGGAGUGCUGCUCUGUUUACAGCUGUUACUCAACUCAUUAGUGUUUAAUCAAAUUAAUUUCCCUGUUGCAUCAAAUACGUACUGUUUACUCUAAUAAAGGCAACCCAAGCAAUUUCACAGAUGAUUAAAGUAGGCUCAGAAAAUCUCAGCAUUUCAGUGAAAUGCAGUUCAACCCCUCGUAAAAUCAAUUCUUCUAUGACGUGGCACCAGGAUGCCCAAGGCACAACCCAGGGACGGGCCUGCUCUGCUGACUGCACACACUAAACACUCCACAGAUAAGGAUUGUACUGUAAGAUAGCGUGCUUCCUACUCUGUCUCUCUGUAUGCAUGUCUUUCAGAGUACUAUGGAGUACCUGUACUAUACAACACUGUAUAGACUUUGCACUGAACCCCAGUAUCCCAGGUGUGGCCACUGUGGGCCUGCAGUGGGCAUAAAAGCAGCUGAUUUCAAGAAGGAGCUGCAUAUGCUAAUCUUUUUUUUAUUUAUUGAUUUAUUUUUUUGCACUGAUGCAAUCCAACAGAUCAGAGGCUGCCUUUGGACUGUUGAUAUUACCCAUUUCCCACUUUGAAAGCUUUCAGCACCACCGACAACCAAAACCGAGCCACCUAACAACAUGAACCCUCAGCUGCUUUUCUCCAUGGGUGUAGACUGGGAUGUAUUGAUGAGGAUGAUGACCACUAUUUUGAAUGUACUGGAAAAUGGAGGGCAAUACACGAGCACUGUCCUUGUGGUCCACAUGAACAAAUAAGGGCGCCUUUCAGAUGUGUUAAAAAAGGAUUCUCUGCCGGCUCUCCUCGACCACAACAAACUCACAUACAUUCACACACACAGAGAAAUAUCUAAAUUGUAACCAGCAAUAGGCAGGUAAACAUUGGCCUCCCAACAGACCAGUGUCCGCUCUGUCGCAUUAAUGUAAAUAGGGUAUAUAGAAAUUGCCUCUCACUCACAGUCACAACUGUUCUAUUGCAGUAUGAUUUCUUUAUUUUUGUACACCUCUUGGGUCCAACUUUAUUUUUGGGAUUGUGCUCAAGCUUGCAAUUUAGCCUGUUUAUUUUUGUGUUCCACCAAACAGAGACAAAUAAACAGAGGAGCCUUUGUGUGAGAAAUAGAGAAAUCGCAUAAACUGCAGGGUGUUUCAACCCGACGAGUCCAUCAGUGGGAGAAACUAAAAGUACAAACACAGCAAGCUGAGUGUGCCGCUCAAUCAGCCAAUCAGGGAACAGGGCUGAAGCCUGGGACUGAACACUGAAGCGAAUAGAUCGGUGUCUUCCUGCUCAUCGUUAUUACUGUGAAGCAGCUGCUUGGGAGUGUGAUAGUGAAUAUUAUGAUGUUUGAGAAGCAUAAUUUCAUUUGGUUUUUCUUUCACCUGAGGAAGAGUCCAUGUUUCCCAGUGAGAAGGGGUGUGAAACAGCAGCAGUGGGCUUUCUGUGCAUGACUCACUGACCAUCUUUACGACAACAUACAAGCACUGUUUGCAUCUUUCCUCUCUUGGGGAGUACCUUCUCUCACUUGAUGAUUGUGUGAGCAACUUUGAGGACAAACAAUAUGGUUUCUUGACUUGAAUGAAUUUAUUUAUCGAUUGCUUAUUUAUGCAACGUUGGGGACGAUGUUUAUUUUUCUACUGAUAUGUUGAAUCCCUUCCAGUAUAAGUGCGAAUAGGCGCCAUGCUUGUAAAGCAGUCUUGUUUUGGUCUGGUUUUGAGCACUUCAGAUAGUUAGGCAGCUCUUAAAUAAAAGAAAAGAAAAAAAAAUCCAUUAUCUAAUUGUUUCACUUCAAGAAUUCCCAUAUUGACUGCGACAGGUGAUAAAAGUAACUUAACAGGGCUCAAAACCACAAACAGACUGCCUUUACAAUGGCGCAUAUUAAUUUAUUUAUUGAACAAUUACUUGGUGGGGAGAAAUAAUGUGACAACUUGUACAGUCUAUAAUUUAAUGUUGGUUCUAACCUUUUUGGGAGCAGUAUCUUUUUUCUUUAAAGCAUUUGUUGAUGCUAAAAUAUACUGCAGCUCAUUUGGGCUCGACUGUUUGCUAGAAGGAGAUAAAUGCACAAAAAAGACACUGCUUCAGUUUUUUUUUCUUUCUUUUUUUGGUUACAUAAAUCUCAAUGAAUGAAUAAACAAACAACAUGAAGCCAAAUAUAUUUCCGUGGAUGUUAAGGUUUACUGAUCAUGUCUUUGUCAAGCUGACCAGGUCGCAGUCAAGUUCCUCUCUUUUUGUGUGUAAUUCUACUGCCAUCUUCGAAGAGUUUCCGUAACUUGUCUGCAGGCAUAAUGCUCACUUUCUGCCUCUGGUCCUCUGCCUUUCUUUUCUUCCUCUCUGUCUGUUUUGUAUACUUGUGUCUGUCUGUCUGUCUCUGUACAGUAAGUUGUCAACUUUCUUUCUGGAAGAAUCACUGCCUGAAAAAAAUAGAAAAAUAACUUUUUCACCAGUCAAAAUGGGAUUUGAAGCAAUCACUGAGAUGAAUAGAAUUUGGAGUCAUGUGGCUAAAACAAACAAACAAACAAACAAAAAAAAAAAAACUGCUGUAUAAAAUGCUGUAUAAAAUCAGAUGGCUUGUGUACAAGUUCAUAAAAUUGGGUCUCUUUUAAAUUAGGCAGUGUGACU